GCAACCCUCCUCCCAUCUUGAAAGUGGAAAAGCACACCUCUUCCGGACACGUUGUUGCAUCAGAAACUGGAUUGUAGCGAUGGCAGGAUCCGGAGAACUGGCCUUUGAUCAUGACUUCUUGCUGCACAUAAGCGAGGAAGUCAAGAGGGCAGCGGCCCUGAACGAGUACCUGAGCGUCCGCAGCUACCUGGCCGGAUUCACGUUCUCUCGGGCGGACCUGGAAACCUUUGAGCUCCUUCGUGAGCCUCCGUCCCCGCAGCAUGUUCAUGCUCUGCGCUGGUACAGGCACAUAGCGGCCCUGCGGAAGAUCCAGCCUGUCCCAGCAUCCAGUAUAGACCCCCGCACAGAGUACAGCUCAAAGGAAAAGAGGGUCCAGCCAACUUGGUCUCCUCCAACAGGAACGGAACCCCCAAAGCUGCGACUCUACAACAGCCUCACUCGCUCUAAGGAGGAGUUUGUCCCACAGAAUGGAAGGAAGGUUCUGUGGUACUGUUGCGGACCCACAGUGUACGAUGCAUCGCACAUGGGCCACGCCAGGUCCUACAUUUCAUUCGACAUCCUAAGGAGAAUAAUGAUGCACUACUUCGAUUACGAUGUCUUCUACUGCAUGAACAUCACAGACAUCGAUGAUAAAAUCAUUAAAAGAGCUCGACAGAAUUACCUAAUAGAGCAGUACAAAACCAAGAAACCUGCCCCCUCGCAAGUGCUGCAAGAUGUACUAACGGCCAGGGUGCCUUUUCAGGCCAAGUUGGCGGAGACAACAGAACCCGACAAACGGCAGAUGCUGGAGCGGCUGGAUGUGGCAGUGACUGCUGCACUCGAUCCCCUGCAGGGGGCGCUGCAGGGCGGAGCUGCAGACACAGUCAUACAGAGCCAUGCCCAGGUUUUACUGGAUGACGCGAAAGAUCUAUUGUCUGAUUGGCUGGAUUCCCAGUUCGGCAGUCAGGUGACAGAGAAUUCAAUCUUUUCUCUUCUGCCAAAGUAUUGGGAAGGAGAGUACCACAAGGACAUGGAUGCCUUGAAUGUGCUUCCCCCUGAUGUUCUCACCCGGGUCAGUGAGUACGUGCCUGAAAUUGUGGAGUUUGUGGAGAAGAUUGUAAACAACGGUUUUGGUUAUGUGUCCAAUGGGUCGGUGUAUUUUGACACCGCCAAGUUUGAUGGCAGUGACAAGCACUCGUACGCCAAACUGGUGCCUGAGGCAGUGGGGGACCAGAAGGCCUUGCAGGAGGGAGAGGGAGACCUCAGUAUCUCAGCUGACAGGCUCAAUGAGAAGAAGUCUCAGAGUGACUUUGCCCUGUGGAAGACCUCCAAACCUGGGGAGCCAUCCUGGGACUCCCCCUGGGGGAAGGGACGUCCCGGUUGGCACAUUGAGUGCUCUGCUAUGGCUGGCUCAAUUUUGGGAGAGUCCAUGGACAUCCACGGAGGAGGGUUCGAUCUGCGCUUUCCUCAUCAUGAUAACGAGUUGGCACAGUCUGAGGCCUUCUUCAACAAUGACCACUGGGUCCGCUACUUCCUGCACACGGGCCACCUGACUAUCGCUGGCUGCAAGAUGUCCAAGUCCCUGAAGAACUUCAUCACCAUUAAGGACGCACUCUCCAAACAUACAGCUCGGCAGCUCCGGCUUGCCUUCCUCAUGCACUCAUGGAAGGACACUUUGGACUACUCCAGUAACACCAUGGAGUCUGCUAUCCAGUAUGAGAAGUUCCUGAAUGAGUUCUUCCUCAAUGUGAAGGAUAUCCUGCGGGCCCCUGCUGACCUCACAGGCCAGUUUGAGAAGUGGGAGGAGCCAGAGAUGGAGCUAAACCAGAGUUUCUACGAGAGGAAAGCUGGGGUUCAUGAGGCCCUUUGCGACAACAUCGACACUCGAACCGCUCUGGAGGAAAUGAGGUCGCUGGUUGGGCAGAGCAACGCUUACAUUGCCAGCCGGAAGAGUGCUAAAUUGGCACCAAAUCGUUUGCUGCUUGAGAGCAUUGCACUCUACCUCACCAACAUGCUGAAGACGUUUGGGGCAAUUGAGGGGACAGAGUCUAUUGGGUUCCCGGUGGGAGGAGACAGGCAGAAUGUGGACCUGGAAAGCACUGCAAUGCCCUACUUAAAAGUGCUGUCAGACUUCAGGGAAGGAGUUCGGAAGAUCGCCAGAGAACGGAAAGUGACUGAGGUUCUGCGGAUAUGUGAUGAGGUGCGAGACAACACCCUCCCAGAACUGGGGGUACGCCUGGAGGACCACGAAGGACUCCCCACUGUGGUCAAACUGGUGGACAGAGAGACUCUUUUGAAGGAGAAAGAGGAGAAGAGGAAGAUUGAAGAGGAGAAGUGGAAGAAAAAAGAGGAGGCAUUAAAAAAGAAACAGGAACAGGAAAGAGCUCGGCUGGAGAAGAUGAAGAUUCAUCCCAGUGAGAUGUUCCGCUCAGAAGACGACAAGUACUCCAGCUUUGAUGAAACUGGAUUCCCUACUCAUGACAUUGAGGGAAAGGAGAUCAGCAAAGGGCAAACCAAGAAGCUCCGCAAGCUCUAUGAGGCUCAAGAGAAGUUGCACAAGGAAUACCUCGAGACUACCCAGAAUGGAAGCUGAGGAUUCUGGGUAAUAACCCAGGCCUCCAAUCUAGACUGACCCUGUCCAACCCCAAGCACUGCCCACAGCAUCUGUACUUUCCUGCCUUGUCACACCUGCUGAAAUGGGCCCACGCUUAGGGACCUGGGGGGAGCACUUGCUUUUUUUCCACCAGUGGGGGGGGUGCUGAUUUAUAAAUGGCAUGUUAAUUACUUUUAAUAUUAUGGUGUACAAAUUUGCAAUGAAAGGACUGUGAAGUAAAUUGAUGAGUGAGUCAAGUGCGUGCAUGUGUGCUUGUGUGUGUGUGUGUGUGUGUGUGUGUGUGUGUGUGUGUGUGUGUGUGUGUGUGUGUGUGUGUGUGUGUGUGCCCCCCUUUUGAUGGGUUUUUUCCAAAUUAAAAAAUACAGACCGCA